AUGACUCGCGAGACGAAGCAGGAAGUGGGUAAUGCUUUCCUAGCGAAUGCGGGCCCUGCCUGCACGCAUUCCAUAGGGAAGCAAGUGCCGGCAUUAAGCAUUUUACGGGAGGCUAGCGGAGCGGGUGGCGGGGUCGGCAGCGGUGGGCUGCUGGCCAUGAACGCCACCCAGGUGCAGUGCGAGCCCCACGACUCGGUCGUCCUCAUUAAAUAUGAGCACCGGUCGGCGGGAGGCAGCUGGGAGGAGCCGGUGAGCGCGGUACGAAACACCCCGCUCAGGCGCUCUCAGCGGCUAAACUCCACACUGGACACCAGAAGCAGUGGUCAGCUACGAAACACGCUGAGUCGUGCACGCGAGUUGUGCGAGCGAUGGCGCAGCGGCAGCAACACACCGUCACCCCCCGCGCCCGCGCCCGACGACGAGGGCGGAGGGCGGCUCGCGCGCUGGUUCAGCGUGCGACGCGGCUCUACACACCAGUAUGACAUGCAUACUCAUGAGACUGACAAGAUGCCUAAACUGCCGGAGCUGGAGGAGGACAUGUUCUCCUGCGGGGGUGAGGUCCGAGGCGGCAGAGUGCCUCCGCCCUCGCUAGGCCCUGCGCCGGACACCCUCACGCCGAUACAACUCCGGCGCAGGCACGUGGUUGCAGCUAUCAUACAUAGUGAGAACUCCUAUGUCGCUACUUUGCAAAGGCUUAUCAAUGAUUAUAAGAAACCUCUAGAAGAGAGUAGUCCCGCGAUUUUAAACGCAAGUAAAAUCCAGACGCUAUUCCACCGACUGCCCGACAUCCUGCAAUGUCAUCUGCACUUCCGCACCGCGCUCGCGGAUUGUGCGCGAACGUGGGACCGCGAUGAAAAAAUUGGCGAGGUCUUUUUGAACGCAUUCUCCAAAGCAGUGGUGUUGGACGUAUACUCGGACUUCAUAAACAAUUUCUCAGUGGCCAUGGAAUUGGCAAAAAUGGAAUCUAAACGAAAGUCGGCAUUGGCGGAUUUCUUCAAAGUGAAGCAAAUCAGCGCACACGACAGGCUCUCCUUCUUCGGCCUUAUGGUGAAACCGGUGCAACGGUUUCCACAGUUUAUUAUGUUUUUACAGGAUCUCUUAAAACACACUCCACAUGGUCAUUUAGACCGUGUGUCACUACAACGCGCACUGACAAGACUAGAGGCGCUCGCCGAUGCCUUAAAUGAGAGGAAACGUGAAGCUGAAAGGACUCAGGCGUUCCGAGCGGCUCUCAGACGGCUGACGCGCGGCGGCGUGGCGGGCGCGGGCGGCGGCGGCGGCGCGGCGCGCUUCGGGGCCGCGCGCCUGCUGGCCUCGCGCGCUGACAAGCGACAUCUGUUGAGACAGGAUGAUUUGUUGCAACUUGAAUUCAAUCAAUCGGGUACCCUAACAAAGUGCAAGCCGCGUCGGCUGUUGCUACUCAACGACCUGGUGGUGUGCGUGUCGGUGGGCGCGGGCGGCGACGACACCGAGCGCCUCGGCCUCAAGUGGGCGCACCCCGUGCAGGACGUGGAGGUGCUCGACACCGGCACGUCGCCCACGCUCAGCCGGGUGCUCGCUCAGGGCAUGAACCGCAGCGGCAGCCUGCGCUCGAGCAGCAGCGGCACGUCCACGGGAGACUCGCUGUGCGGCGAGAUGUCGGCGCUCAUGCACGACUACGAGACUGUGUCGCGCAUGGCCGACCUGGCCGCCUCGCUGCGCGCGCCCGUCCCCGAGCUCGCGCCCGACGUGUUCCGCGCGCUGCUGCAGACCAUACAGCAGAGUAUACAGAAAAAAGACGACGAAAUGGCAUGGGUAGACUCUUGUUGUCUGCAACUAACAAUACGCGGUCGCGAGGAAGCGGUGACGUUCAGGGCGAACGAGCCCGGCGCGAGGCGCGCGUGGGCCACGGAGCUGCGGCUGGCGCAGCUGGCGCAGGCGCGCGCCAACUGCCCCGCCUGGCGCCUGCCCGCCUCGCUGCCGCACGCGCUCACGCACGCCCUGCCCCACAAGAUGCCGCUCUUCGUGGCCGCCACGCCCGUGUACUCGUCCAACUAUCUCACUGAGGUGCGUUGCGGGUGUUUCUACACGUCGUCGGGCAGCCCGCGCGGCGCGUCCAUGCGGCGCGCGCGCUCGCUGUUGUGGCUGUGCGCGGGCGGCAGCGCCGGCUCCCACGUGGCCGUGCUCACGCACCGCGCCGCCAAGCUCAAGACUCUCGUCACACUGGAUCUGCCCGACACUAAGGUAACGUCGAUGGAAUAUGCGAAAGGACUAAGACAAGUGACCACGCUGUGCGGCGACACAGUGUGGCUCGGCACUGAAGACAAGAAAAUCAUCAUUUUCUCGGGUGUAGAGCCCGAAAAGCAAGAGAAAUUGACUGAAGUGACUAUGGUGGCCUCCGUCACACAGAUUAAGUACCAUUGUGACUCUAUGUUUGUGGGACUUUCCAAUGGCAGGGUAUCAGUGUUCAGGAGAAAUCAUGACGAUUCGUGGGCUCUACAGGAGCCUCUAGCGAUCGAGCUCGGCGAUAAACCCGUUCACUGCAUUCUACCCGUCGAUGGCAUCAUAUACGCAACGUGCGCGAGGCGAGUGUUCGCCAUCAACGCUCUCACUGCGGAAAUUAUGCGCAUACUUGAACUGAAAGGCGAAGGAGAUCGUUCAGUCAAAUAUCUAGCGCACUCGGGCGUUGGUCUAUGGGCCGCCUUCUCAGACUCGACAUACGUCAGCUUGUACCACGCUGAAACGUUCGAACACUUGCAGAAUAUUGACAUCGCCGCAGAUGUGGCGAAAACUAUAGGCGCUAGAGAAGGCAGUAAGCCGGCGUAUGUAUCGGCGUUGCUCGCGGGACAGGGGCUUUUGUGGGUUGGCACCACUGCGGGGGUGAGUGUGACGGUGCCCUUGCCUAAGCUGGAGGGUCUACCCCUCAUCGGUGGCCACAUAGCUGUAUCCUACCACGCGCACGCCGGCCCUGUUACUUUCCUCCUCUCACUAACUCCAGAAGGUAGGGAAGUUGACGUUAACGUGGUGAGAAGGAAUCUGUCCAACGCUCGCGCGUUAGCGGAAACUGUACAGGAGUUCAAAGAAGAAGCUAAAGAAGAAAACGACAAACAGAAGUUAGAAAGAAGGAUAUCAGAGGAGCUGAGUCCGUACCGGCCACAGCGUGUACAGUCUGCGGUGAUUAGAAGGAAGAAACCGGGUGACGUGCGGUUAAGUAAAACUUUACCAAAGUGUGCCAAUCUGAACGCGUGCGAUGUGUACGGACUGUACGGAGAUCUCAUGUUUGUUAAAGACUGUGUCGGGGAGGCCGAUGUGAGUGGCUCCGGCGGGGAAUCCCUCAGGCGGAGUGAUCCCGAACUAGCAGCGAUACCGUUCCGAGUGAGCACUUUAGAUCGGCGGUUACGCAUGAGAGCUGGUCGGCCAAGGAGCUUAGACUUAUCCAGCUGGUCGGUAGAUUCCCGAGCCUCAAGUCUCUGCACGUCAUCCGGCAGUGAAGAAUCGAUGGCACUGCGAGGAGUCUCACGGACCAGUUCAGGUGCGUCCGGCGCGGCCAACUUAGCACCGAUGGCGGCCUCGACCCCAGACUCGUCAUCGAGCAAGUCCAGUGCCUCCGAUCGGUCGAUAUCCAGGAGUGAUUCCGCGAAUGUAGAACUGCGUAACAAAAGUGCGGCGCGUAGUCUCCGCGGGGCUGAUUAUAUAGUGGGAGAGAGUAUGGCCCGCCGGUCCGUGGUGACGGUGGUGGGCGGGCGCGGGUACGUGGACUGGCGGCAGACGGCCGACGCGGCGGAGCGCCCCGCUCCCGCCGCCGACCCCAAUCCCAAGGAUGCUCACUUGAUACUGUGGGAAAUGCGCAUG